CGACUACAUCAUUUUCUUCUCAGCAUUCUACUUCGUAAUCAUUGUUAUACUAAAACUGAAUCGAAAUAAUUCUUUCCCUUUGUCCGUCUUAUUUACUUCCAUCGCUGCCCUUUACUAAUUGCCAAAAGCCAACUGUUGGCGUUAUUAACCUUCGUUUAUCUUAUCAAGCCUCGGUGGUUCACACAUUCCCACUGUGGUUCCGCGAUCAGCAGCGUGCGCCCUCUUUUUUCCCGUGCUGCAACCCAGCCUUUCUCUCUAGCUCAGCUGCGCUGGCCAAAAGUCAAACCAGCCUUCGUUUUCAGCUUUCGAAUAUCGAAUUUCCACACAUUUGCAAUUGACAGUCUUUUUAUUCUUUCUUUUUUGUUUAUUUUCUCUUCUUCUAUUUCGUAUCUGUUCCUCUCUAUCUAUAUCUCUGUGCCUGUUCUUGUUUUUAUAUACCAUCAUAGUUCCCUUGUAUUUGUUAACUGCUUUUAAUAAUUCUUCGACGGUUUCUGUUAGAGUCUUUUUUUUGAAAGACAGCUUACUGGCAGCUGCCUGCCGUUUUCCCCGACCACCUAACUUACCUAUUCACUUUCUUGUUGCGUCAUCCCAACCAACGAAUCCGAGACCAAACUUCCAGCCCAGCCUCCUUCCUGCAGCUGCGCGAGGAACUAAAAUCUACAUACAACCACUGCCAGGGGUUACUGUUGCCUGCUGACAGCAAUUCACCUUAUUCGCCCUCGUUUUACUUUUAUACCCCGACUUGAUCUGAUCAGAUCUAAUCUUGAACUGCCGCAACAAAGACCAACACUCAUUAAUCCACCUCGACUUUUCACCAUUAUUCAGGGUCAAUCAGUCAAUAACCAAACAACUCUCUUUUUCGGCAACCCCCGCGCAUCCUCGGCCAAUCGCGCUUGGUUGAUAGACAUUACUGCUACAACCACUCACUCAGCCACAGCCGACAGAUCGAGUAUUGUACAGCAAAGCAGCCGGGUUGCACUCUUGUCUCUUUCUACCCGGCGCAACUGUAUACUUGUAUACCUUAGUAUACGUCUACCAAACAGGCAUUUCAACCUUUUUCAACCGAAAUGUUCCACUCCCAGGGUCAAAUGGCCAACCCGCUCGGGUUGAUGUCCCUGAAGCGGGGUAGGGAUGAUGAGGCGACGGAGAGCUGCCAAAUUGGCUUCACUGAGCACCGGAAUAAGCGCAUACAAACUCUUCCACUGCGCACUGCCUCGCGACCAAGCUUCGACCCAGACACAACCUUCUCAUCUCCCGAAUCUUUGAAUGUCAAGCCACACAACUUCACGUCGGAAAAUGGCGAUGCAUUCCUCGGAAGCUGCUACGCUCAGCAGGCAGCCUAUGCUCAGCAACAACAGGAACAGGCCCAGCCUAGUUUUUCGCCAUGGUCAUCCACCUCCAGCGGCCCCGUUGGCCAAGAAUACUCGCAUGGCGCCAACGCGGACAUGGACAUGAUGAUGGAUAGUGAUUGUGGCGGUGACAACCAAAACGGCCGGAUGCCGACACCCAUACUACCCAGCUUCGCAGCGCAGGUCAAGGGAGGCAACUGGGGUGCUGCUGGUGGCAACGCUUUCCAGAGCCAAGGACAUGACCGAACAGAUGGCUUCUCUUCAUCCCCAGCCGUUUCGCCGACCGCAGUCCGUGAUCGUACAAUUCCUCGGUCUCUUGAACACUCGUCCGCCGCCAUGGCCGACUGGAAUUUGGUGCAUAACCGUCCCUUACCAUCACCCAUUAGUGAAAGCGGUGGUGAGGAGAUGAGCAGCCCUAACAUGGUGCUGGACUGUCAAGGAAGCUUUCCCUACAUGGCGCAGCGCUCUUCCUCAGUAAUGGAGCUGCCAAUGUACCUCCGCAGUGAAAGUCCCACUGCACCUUCGUCACCUCCUCAGGAGCAUCCCAAUCUGCAUCAAUACCAGCAGGUACACCAGCAACGAGAGGGCAGUCCAUCGCCGUCUAAGAAGGGUCACACGCGCUCUCGUCACACUGUCAACAACUGGACGCUGCAUGGGGGUAUGAAGAAGUCAUUCAGUAUAGGAUACCGAGCAGACUGCGAGAAAUGCCGCCUCAAGGUCCCGGGCCAUUUCAACCACAUCAUAGUCUCGUAGAAGGGACAGGAUUAUCAUUAUGGAGAUCCGGAGCUCCUUGCGCAACUGCCGGAAAAAUAUUUGAUUGAGCGUCAGGCCCUGAAGCAGAAAAGACUGAGGAGACAAGAAGAACAACGUAGCAUGCGAGCACUCGCUGAUUUGAGUGGGAACGAAGUCCGUCAGGCGACAAAUUGGAUUACCAACACUUGGAAGCGUCGUGAAGGAUGCCAGGGGCAGCGGUCAGAAGCGACAUGUGAAGAUGCCCAGAAUAGGCCAUGUCAACGGGCCUGGACAGAUUCGAAUUAUAUUUCCUCGAGCGAUGGAUACCGGACGAACAGGCGUCGGCAGGCCCGUGGAUCUUAGUGGUCAUCAACCUUGCCAACUGGCAGGCCGUAUCAACCGGACCAGUCCCCGCCUGCUCCAUAUGCCGUCAGAGAAAUAUUCGACGGCAAUCCCGAUGCAGACGACCUUGCAUCCAUGUUCUCCCGUAUAGAUCUGGGCAAGUGAUAGGUCUUGCAUCACUGAACAUUACUUUCUUUGUCAUAUUUCUUUCCUAUGUAUCACGGGGUUUGGGCCUUUUUGGAGUCGGGGUUAUACCAGUCAUUCUUUUAUAUCAUUUUGCUACCUGGCACCCCACAAGAGAGUCCGCGGUUAGGACUGAAGGCGUUUGGUGUUUUCAUGGAGGCUAAGACCCAUCCCUACUCUUAUUUUUCUUUUUUUCUUUUUAGCGUCAGACUGCUAUUGGAGGCGGCUAUAGUUACCGUUGUCUACCUCAUACAGCCACAAGAUCUGGUUUAUAGUCACAUUAUUAUAUACUAUCCACAUAGGAAUAGUCAAGCGAAACAUCAACAAACCAUC